UAUGGCUCAGAAAUUAGGCCUGGUUGAGCCACUAACUGCUGAAGAAUGGGUAAAAAUAAAGCAGAGAUCCAUACAGAAUGGAGACUCCAUACAGCCUUGCGCAACAUUCAGGGAAGAAUUUGCACUUCAACCUCAGGGACGUGUCCUGCUUUCAUGUUCCCAUGUAUUCCAUAAAGCAUGCCUGAAAGCCUUUGAAAAAUUUGCAGGUAAAAUGUUUUGUCCUGUGUGUAGAAAAGAGCAGUAUCAGACCAGGGUGGUAAACGACGCGGCAGGCUUGUUUAAAAUAAAAAUUGCUGUUAAAAUUCAGGCUUCCUGGAGGGGAUAUAUUGUCAGAAAAUGGUAUAAAAACUGGAGAAAAACAGUGAAUCCUAAAUAUAGCAAACUAAGAAAGCAAUGCCUUGAGGAAAAGGCAGCACUGGAGGCACCCGAUUGUCAGUCUGUUCAUUCCAGCCUCCUUACAAAACAGAAGUAA